GCCCCCGCCCCGCCCCGCCACGCCCCCCACACCGCCCACUGACCAGGGUGUGGAGACGGCGUGCGUGUCGCAGGAGCGCGCGGCGGUGGGACAAACGCCCAUUUACUACUCGUACUUCGAGCGCCUGCCUGCUGACGCGCUCUCCGACGAGGAGCGGGACCACAAGUACUACUUAAGUGAGGCGGCUCGGCUGAGAUCUGCAGCUGAGCGGGAACAGGAGCCGCUAGCUCGAGUGAUGCUGUAUCUGGAGUCAGUGCUAUGUUUCGUGCUGACGGGGCGAGUGUUGGAGCUGGAGUUGGAUACAAAGCGCGCCUUCACAGUGUACAGAGAGACCAUCGCGUACAUCAAGUCCAUACAAUCGAUGCCGCAGAGGUUUAGAGCGUCGCCACACUCCACGCUCAGUUCACCUUUCAGUAAAUUAGAUAUUUUAAGUCUCCGUGUCCAAGCUUUACUUUACUUACGAAUGUUCAAGCUGUACAAUAGAGAAGUAAAGGAGUAUUAUAAAAUUGUUCAGGAAUAUCAGCAAAAGCCGGCGUGCGCGGAGUCAGUGUCGCCGCUGUCGCCGACGCCGUCGCCCGCGGGCUCGGUGGGGUCUGUGGGCUCGGCCGCGUCCGCCUCCUCCGGGUACUGCUCGCUGGCGCACUCGGUGCCGGCGCACGCGCACCACGCGCUGCUGCAGCUCACCAAGUACUACACCUUCCUCUACGUCGCACACGACCUCUGGGAGCAGGCCGACGGCCUCUGCAGGCUCAGGCCUAACCAAGAUCUGUUCAUAGCGGUGGAUCGCAAGUGCGGACCUCUGACGUUGUUCUCGACGUUCCGUCAUCUAGUGCAGUACGUGCGCUACGCCAUCUCCCUGCUGAAGAACGCGCCGCGUGAGUGACGCCGCGCGCGCUGUACAUCGCGCCCUCGGCACGCAGCGCGCGCGCACCGCCCGCACUGACCCGCACUCACCACGCAAUGGACGAUGUGCCGUGGUACGUGACGUUAAAUAUUUUGUAUCACCAUUUAUAUUAUCUUUGCAAGCGACUCUUUUAUUUUUUAUUAUCACAAUUUUGUCAUAUCAUAAGAACAUUUUUUUUUAAAUUUUGUAGUAAUUGUAUUUGUCAAGUUUGUAUGAAGAUAAUAUAAAUAGUAAAAUGUGCCGCAUUUUAUUGUGAACUUUAUUUACGGGUUUAUAUAAAUGGUGUAUAAAAGUUGUAAAACUGAUGUUACCCAUUUUACACAAUGUAUUUCCCGUGUACAAUAACAUGUUUGUAAAAUUGUGUACAUUUACACGGUGUAUUUUAAAUGAAAAAGAAAUUUGAACAGUGUAUUGCAAAUAAUAUUUAGAUUUAACAAACCAAAUGUGGGUUUUAUAAAUUCGAUGUUUCGAAUUAAAUUAUGACCGUACACGGUUUGAGAAUUAUUUUAAAAAAUGCAAUUUAUGUGAUAUUCAUUUAAUUUUUAUUUAUUUAUUUAUUUAAUUCCUGAUACAUCACAAUUAUUACAAUCACAAUAUUUUAUCUAUAAUUUUUUUUUUAUACCUUUCCAUAUUAAAUGUAUUAAACCGAAUAAUAUUGUUGGUUUGUUCGCGCUAAUUUUAUAAACUAUAAAUCGAAGUAAAAUAAGUUUUAUUUUAUUUUACAGUCCAAUUAUUAAGGAAGCUUUUAAGAUAUUUACCAUCACGCUAUCUCUUUUAUAGGUCGAGCAGAAAGGAAAAGAAAUACUCAAACCGUGUACAUAUUAUAAAGUUCUGACCAGAAAAAUAAAUAACCUAAGAUAGCUUUAGAAUUUUAUUUGGCAACUAAAUUAUAGACAGGAUUUUUUUUUCUUUUAUUUGGUAUUGUUUAGGUUAAUAUUUUGUAUUAUUGAAAAAUUCAGAUUGAAAAUCUUAGUUCUAAAAUGAAUGUUUCAGAGUUGCCAACAUAAAAAUGUCCAUUUGUCGUCGAAAGUUUUUUAUCUUCCUGGUCAGAGUGUAUCUACCCUGCCCUGACAUGGUAACACCAACGUUUACAAAUAUGUUUACACUUAAGUUGCAUAAAGGUUUUAACAUUUUGAUGAUAUUAAUGUUAUAGAGGGUUUAUUGUUUGGUAUAGAUGCGAUUUUUGUGUAAAAAAAAUAUAUUUUUGAAUAUUUUUAUACAUUUGUGUUGUUGCGUAGCUUUCAAAUUUUCCCAAAUGGAAUGUUUGUUGGGAUUUUGGUAUAGAGAAUAGAUUUGAUCUUUGAAACGGAACAUAGAUUUCAAUGGAGUGGAUUGUAUUCGAUUGCAUUUAAAGUAUUGUGAAAAGACAUUGGGCCGUUUUGUAUGUAAAUAAAUUUGGGAAAAUUUAUAAUACGAUGUGUAAUGUGGUCAUAUAGUCGACUUUGCAACAAGCAUUCACAAAUAAAUUUAAGCGAACCUUAUAUGUAUGACCUUAUUGGUCGUUGUAAUAAAAGCAAAGAAAACAGCAAUAAUAAUUUAAAGAAAAAAAAAAAGAUAUAUUUGUGAACGAUUGUCGAAGUAUUUUUUAAAUCUUGUAAUACUUUUUAAAAUGAAAAUUACCUCGGGAUUUAAAAAAACGUGUUAUUUAAGGUUUAAAAAUCGAUCCAGUAGGUAACAAAAGGAGGUUUUUAAAAUACUUAUAAUUAAGGUGAAUGUACUAGUUAUUGGACAUAGCGCGCUUGGUUUUUAUCUUAAAUCAAUCGAAAUUGUUCAUUGAUUUAUUCCAAAUGUAUUAAUAUAAGUAUUACAUUGAACAAUGAUACAGUGAGAUAUAACAAUCUCAUUUUCUACGUUCUCUUCUCCAAAACGUUGACCAAAAAAAAAAAA